AACCGCCGAAGGAGAAGCACUCCGUAAAGUGCCUGUCCGUCGGCGGGAACACGCAAAUAGGAGGGCAGCAAAGGGGGCAUACAGGCAGUCAAUAUUAAUGAACAUAAUAAUAUAAAACAACACAAAAUUAAAAAAAAAUAAUAACAAUUAAUCUUACCAGCACUAAAGCUGAGAUAAAAAAUAUACGAUAAUAACAAUAAAAACAACAAUAAUUUUGCAAUCCACGAUAUAUAAGUGUGGCCAUGACCAUAAGUACCGUGAACGGAUCCGAUCACGACACGACACCACCCUUGCGUUGCAAAGUCCAUUGCCGUCAAAGAAAAAGAAAGGAAAGGAAAAAAAAAAAAAAGUCAUAAGAUGGUGAUUUUUAGAGCACCGUCAUUUUAAAUAAAUAAAUUGCAAUAUUUCUUUGACCGUCGUCAGCCAUAACUUCCCUCAUACACGUUUUUGUUUUGUGCCACGUAAUCACUGUAAAUACCAACAAGCAACAAUCAAACAGAGGAGGGACGUACUUGUCAUGAGGAUACUAUGGGUGUGGGUUUUGUGGUUGUGAUUUCGCUGCGACAAGAUGCCGCUUUGGCAGUUCGAAAGAUCAGCGACUUUGAUGUCCUCCAGGUGCAAUGAUGAUUAUUAUGAGGAAGCAACCACUGUAGCACCAACACACCAAAGCAAGAUGGGUCGCCAGGCACCUAUGCCGGGACGAGAUCAGCCAACCCGCGUACGUGUUACGUGCAUACACUGUUGGGCGCGAAUCGGCGGGGGGAGAUCGUUCCAGCAACGCGUCGCAGCGAACCUGAAGGAGCCACGGAAUGCGACUGUUCGAUGCCUAGGUGUGGAGAAAAUGGACCCGCGACUGUUAGUCAUAUGUUUGGCAGACCGAAAACCCUGCCAAGGUCGACCAGAGUGCGAAUUUGGUACACCUGCGCACCAUCACCCUUACGAGCAAAUAUGCGACCCCGUCUCGUCCAAGAAUAUCUCCACUGAAGCCGAUGACACUCCUCGCGCACCCGGUAGAACAGCUGGCGAUUGA